AUGUUCCUACCCUCAUCAAAGAGGGCGUGGCUGUCUCCGCUACUGACAUUGCGUCUAGUAGCUUCGACGGCAAGUGCCUUCAAGGUGGCCAUCAGCGAUGCGGACGAGCUGAGGCAGACCUGUAGUGGGAUGUGGGCCGGCAAGGAUACGAGCAUCGAUUUGACCUUCAAGCCCAAUUCGACGGGGAGCGUGGCUACAAUCUUCUACGAAUGGCAGGACUUCCCUCUGCUUGGCACUCCAACCUCCCAGCGGGACGUAUUCGGCGAGCCGGUCCUCACUUAUAUCUGCACGCCUACUGCGGUGAACCAGAAGAUCUGCAAGGAGGAGGAUGUAGGGAACUUCAUCUUGAGUGAUGCGGCGAGGGCGAAGACUGUUCGGAGGGAGAGGGUUGAUCUGAAGGGGGACGAGAAGGUGUUGAACUACGUUGUCAACCAGACUGGAUAUUACUGCGUCGGUGCGACCGCCGUUCCCCUCACCGCGGACUCGCAGCAUGCAAAGUUUGACGCUCUCAUCACCUUUCACAACAUGUUCAAGGGGGAACUGCCUGGUGGGGAGUAUCCGAAGCUAGGCUUCUACUUCGGCCUCACCUGCACAUACAUCCUCCUGGGAGCGGCCUGGGCUUACCUCUGCGUCAAACACAAGGACGAACUUCUCACGAUCCAACACUUCAUCUCCGGCCUCUUCCUCAUCCUCGUCAUAGAGCAACUGAUAACCUACGCAUACUAUCGCUACCUCAACACGCACAGCAUCGACUUCUUCCACCUCUCUUCGGUGUCAGGCAACGCCUCUGAGACAUGGUCCGCGCGAGCCCUACUAGUCAUCGAGUCAAUCAUCGACUCGGCACGGAAUAGUGCGAGUUUCUUCCUGCUUCUCAUCGUAAGCAUGGGAUACGGCCUCGUCCGUCCCCGCUUGGACCCCAAGGUGAUGCUCCGCGCCAAGCUACUCACCGCCGUCCACCUAGUGUGCGGCUGCCUCUACUCAGUGGGCAUAGUCCUCCUCAGUAUAGAAGCCGGAGGCACCUGGGUCUUCCUCUUCAUCUUCCCGCUCGCCUUCACCUUGACCUCCCUAAUGAUGUGGUCCCUCAACAGCCUCAAUGCUACAAUCUCCCACCUGACCGCGCGAAAGCAGACUUUCAAGCUGGCCUACUUCAAGCGCCUCUACCGCAUCCUCGUGGGAGCAGUUGUGGUCACGGGAGCAUUCUUCGUCGUCUCCUCGGUAGCCUUCUCCCAAUCGGGCGCAGAAUCCUUCCCAUCCCAAACGUGGCGAUACAGGUGGUUCCUUCUGGAUGGUUGGACUUCCCUCCUCUACUUGGCAGUAUUUGGGCUCAUUGCCUGGACUUGGAGACCGACGGGGAUGAAUCUGAGGUUGAGCAUGAGCGACGAGAUUGCUACGGGGGAGAUGGAGGGGGAUGCGGAGGAUAUUGAGAUGGGAGGGGAAUAUGCGGGUCCGGGCAUGCCGGGCGAGGAUAGCGAUGAUGAGGAUGAUGAGGAGGCGGCAAAGAGGAAGCGAAAGUCGGCGGCCGCUGCGAGUAACGCGAGUGGAGCUCAACCUUCUUCGUCGUCUGGCUCGGGCUCGGCCUCGGGCGGUAUGGGCCCUCCGCCUGCCUAUGAGCCCAGACAGAGCGCGAGCGCGAGCGCGAAUGACGAUGUGGUGUUUGCGUUGGGCGAUGAGGAUGAAGAGGGAGAGGAUGAGGCGGGUGCGUUGCGCAAGCAGGGAGGGGGAAGGAAGAGCAACGCGAGUGAGGAGACGAUCAGGGAGAGGUGA